AACUCGUGCACUCACAAACAUGGCGGCGCUGCGCUAAGUCCGGGUCUGACAAACAAACUCAAGUCUUUAUAAAACCCCGUAAUCUCUCUUUAAACCCUGACCCAUUCACUGAGCGCUGGUUCUGCGCUUUGGUUCUGUGUCCGGUUCGGCUCGGUGUCGCCAUGGAAACAGAGGAACAGGCCCGGAGCCGCUUUCAGGCCGAGCUCGAGUUCAUCCAGUGUUUGGCAAAUCCCAACUACCUGAACUUCCUGGCUCAGAGGGGGUACCUGAGGGAGCGGCCCUUCAUAAACUACCUCAAAUACCUGUUGUACUGGAAGGAGCCAGAAUACGCCAAGUUCCUCAAGUAUCCUCACUGUCUGCACAUGUUGGAGCUGCUUCAGUACGAACACUUCAGGAAGGAGCUGGUCAACGCUCAAUGCACCAAGUUCAUCGACGAGCAGCAGCUUCUGCACUGGCAGCACUACUCCAGGAAGAGGACCCGCCUCCAGCAGGCGCUCGCGGAGCAGGCGCCGCAACAGCAACCGACGCAACAACACGGGAACGCCACCGCCAAAUGACCACAACGCAACAGCACGGGAACACCACCAUGAAGUAGCACCACUACAAAGUGACCACAAUUAACUAUAGACUGUUUAUAUAACUGGACAGAGCUAACCUGUUAGCCGCCGCGUUCCAAACAGGAAGUGAUCAUGUGCACUUCCCCUCCAUUGACUCUGGCUCCAGUUCACUUUCUAUUGAUAAACUGCCCUCUCUCUCUGUCUCUGCUGCUUCAGACUCAUUCUGGUCUUAAAUGUUCGUAUUAACCCUCUACAUGAUCCUGGGGUUUCUAUUUCACUAUUGUGUCUGUAAAUCAAGAUCUGAACAUUAAUACCAGACAGAUCGGGUCCUUCUUUCCUCGAGGUCACUCCCGCUUGUGUCUUUGUCGCUAUGAUCCUCUCCAGCAGAAUUCCACAUAUGGGACUUCGCUGCUCCACCUGCUCCACCUGGAUGAGCUUCAUCUGGAGCUGAAGCUGUGGUGACGUCAGACUCAGUCACUUCUUUACACAGUUUAUGCGACGCAACGGGACGGAGCUGGUUUAGCCGCAGACUAAGACCCCAUGGACGCAGUGGGAGGGCAUCUGACUUACAGGGAGGUUUAGGUCUGACAGGAGAUUAUUUAACGAACUGCAGACUCUUCAAUUGGACUUUUGAACCAGUCCAAAUAAUUGUGUUGCUGUAAAACUGAAAGUAGAUGAAUGUGUCCGAAAAAAACGCGUUGGACCUGUCAAAAUUCCACUGACUUUUGAAUUCCAAGUUAAAUUGCAAAAAGACUGAAGCCGAGGAAUGAGAACGAGCCGAAGGAGUGAGAACGAACGAGGAAAAGUGGCGAAAAACACAAGAACCGUGGACGUCGAACGAGUGGAGACGGAACCGACUCAUGUUCCUCACGUUUAAACUCUGCCGCUUCUGUUUGGAGCUUUGUAAAUAAAUGUUUUUGUUCAAUUAUAAUAAAUUUUGUAAAGCCCA